UGAUCAUUGCAGGGAGGUUUGUAACAACAAUAACAAAACUGGACACCACCCAGAUAUUUACAAAAGGCAGAAUGGUUUUAUAAAUGAUGCAGCCCAACAUAAUGAUUAGAAAGAAGACCCAGCCUAUUCACGCCUACACCCUGGCAGCAUCAGCCUGGGCCCCAGAGAUGGUGAUUUGUUUGAAGGGAGGCUGGGGACCCUGCCUCAAGGGGGUAACUUCUUGGAGGCUGGACAAAGGGGUGUGUGAUGGUGACAGGUCACAAAGGACUGCGGAGCAUAAAGGUGAUGGCGCCAAGAGACUUAGGCAGAGCCCCGCAGGGAGAGGGGCAGUUGCCUUCCCUCCCUCUCUCGGCGACUCAGUUUGUGGCUGGUGGAGCUGUCUUGAAUGAAGAGAACCAUGAGCAGUGAAUGUUUGUUACCUUAUUACACGGCCAACAGCUACCGUUCAAUGGGCGUGUUCAAUACUUCCAUGGGGGACCUGCAACGACAGCUGUACAAGGGGGGAGAGUAUGAUAUUUUCAAGUACGCACCCAUGUUUGAGAGCGACUUUAUCCAAAUCAGCAAGAAAGGAGAGGUGAUUGACGUCCACAACCGAGUCCGAAUGGUGACUGUGGGCAUCGCAUCCACCAGCCCCAUCCUCCCACUACCUGACGUCAUGUUGCUGGCCCGACCAACGAAAGUCUGCGAAGAGCAUGUCCGAUACACCCGGCCCACCAAGGGGAGAGGUCGCAAGCCUGCCAAGACCCUAGAGCUCACCAGGCUGCUUCCCUUGAAGUUUGUUAAGAUCUCCAUCCACGACCGCGAGAAACAGCAGCUGCGCCUGAAGCUUGCCACUGGCCGUACUUUUUAUCUGCAGCUGUGCCCCUCUUCAGAUGCACGAGAAGAUCUCUUUUGCUAUUGGGAAAAGCUUGUCUAUCUCCUGAGACCACCAGUAGAGAGUUGCAGCAGUACCCCAACGCUCCAAACUGGAGACAUGACAGCAGAGGAUGACAAAAGCCUAUUGACCCCAGAGCACCACAGAGAAAGGGAUCAGGAUGAGGUUGAGCUUCAGAAGCUUCGUGACGUGUCUGGAGCAGGCUCUGGUGCUUACGUCGGGGGAGAGGGAAUCCAGCAUGUGCCCCAGGGCUCAGAUCUAGCCAAGAAAAGUGCCGAAGGAGCAGCAGCAGCAGGCACCACCGAGGGCCUGGGCCUGGCUGUAGCAGGGUCCGGAAUGAGCACUGGAGGAGGAGUGGCAGUGGCGGGGGUGGGAACAGGCUCUACCACGGGCGCUGUGAGCUUGGCGGCAACCAAGAGCACAGGCACCAGCCAGGUGAGCAUGGCCCUAGCGGGAGCUACCACCAAAAGUUCUGGAGAAAGCGGGGCCAGCAAGGCCAUUGCGGGUGCUGCCAACAUAUCCUCGGAAGGUACGAACCUGGCCCUGGUGGGUGCUGCCAGCACAUCCUUGGUGGGCGGGGAUAGUCCAGAGAGCAGCACAAGCUUGGUGUUUGCAGGCACGGUGACCACCGGUUCGCCUGCUGCAGGAAGAGCCGAAGGCCAGGCUGCACCCCCCCUCGUCUCCACCUUGCAGAGUGAAGGCUACAUGUGUGAAAGGGAUGGAAGCCAGAAGGUCUCCCACCCCAGCACUGAAGCCCGGAAGGAAAAAAAGGAAAGAAGGGAAAGGAAGGACAAGUCUUCAUCUAGGAAAAGUUCCCGCCAUCGCAGGACGGGUGAAAGCCACCACAGGACGGGAGGGGACAAGACCCGGAAAUCAUCCUCCCACAGGUCCUUAUCCGACCAUGGGAACAGAGAUGACAAAAAAGAAAAGGGGCAGAGCGGCACCAGGGGCAGAGGACGUGGCUCUCACAAGGGUGGCAGCCGCAGCUCCACCACCAAGGAGGGGAGGGCAACUCACAAGCUGGGCAAGAGCAGGUCUACCACCAGCUCGGGUACCUUAAGUAAGAAAUCCAGUAAGAUCACCUCUUUCUUCAGGAGCAUCAGAGUCAUUCCUGGUUCAAAAACAGCGGUCACACACGACAGAGAGGUAGACUUUGUGGCUCAGGCAGUAGAGAAACGCAACAUAGAGGCCAGGGUAGAGAAAGCCCCGGUGGGCCAGGAUCUGGAGAUCUGUGGUACCGUGAGGUCUGAGACGAUGGAGACCAUCAUCAUUGAGACCAAAUCCAUUUAG